CACUACCACUAUCUGCAGUAACAAUGUAUCACAGCAAUAUUCUAUAGUGUGUACUUGUACAGUAUUAGAUAAUCAGUUAAAGUUCUUCAUAGCAUAAGAAAUGGACGGGGCUUUCUUACUGAUAAUGUGUAUCCUACCCGGCCUUGCACUGGGUCAGACUGAAGAUUUGGAUGAAGCUACCACUGACUUCAAUAAUGCGGACACGGACAAGGAUGGGAAACUAACGCUUAAAGAGUAUCCGAAUUUGUACAACAAAUAUAAAAAACAGAAGACGGAUGAGAUUACCUGUCAGAGGUUUGUAGAAUACAAUACACGGUACACGUCAGACAUGUUUAAUGCUUACGACAUCAACCAAGAUGGGGUUCUGACCGAUACAGAUUUCAAAGAAAUAUUCAAGACCAUGGACACUAACAAAAAUCAAAAGGCCACACUUGAGGAGUUCAGAAAGUAUGUGGAAAGUCUUAAAGCCAAAAAAACUUAGAGCAGCUAGGCUCCGAGACAAGUCAAAUCAUCAUCCAACACAGAACCAUCAUUAACCACCACUGAACCAUCAACCAUCACAACAAAAACAUCAACUAUCAUAAAACAUCAUCGUGCAUUACAGAAGCAAAAAAGUGAACCACCUGCAACCACCACAGAAACACCAGUAACGACCACAGAAACACCAGUAACGACCACAGAAACACCAGUAACGACCACAGAAACACCAGUAACGACCACAGAAACACCAGUAACGACCACAGAAACACAAUCAACCACUACAAAAAUUCCGUUAACUACUACAGAAAAUAAACUUGCACCACCGAAACAGAAAUACCCACAACUGAAUCACCGUUGAUCACCAAAAAAAACCAACACAAUCAACUACCACGAAAACACCAUCAACCACAGCAGAGCCACCAUUUACCACCACAAGACCAACGUCAGCUGCCACAGGACAACUACCAAUCUUCAAAAUACCACCGUCAAACAGCAUUAGACCAUAAUUAACAACUACACAAACCAUAAACAACCAAUACAAAAACAUCAUAUUCCACAAAAAACAGUAUCAAUAACCACGAAACAAUCAUCAACCACCAACAAACCACCACAAAAAGCCACCAACGACCAAAGAAACAACCAUAAAACAAUUGGCAACCCAACCUUAAAAAACACCACCAUACACUAAAAGGAAACUACCAGCCUUCACAAAACACUCAUCAGCUAAAAUUAAAUCUUAUAGCCUCUGGAACAGAAACAAGCAACAAACUUAGAGAACCAACAAACACUAAAGAAUACAACUUAAACUAAGUAACACCAGAAAUACUAAAUCUAUG